AUGACUGACCCAUCCGGCUCGUCGCCCGCUCGAGCGGAACCUCAAUCGUCGAUCGUAAACGACUACUCCGGCCGCUCUGAGGAGCAGCAGCAGCACGCGCAAGCUGUGCGCUUUCUCACUUCUCUUCGAGCCCAUCAAUCCACCGUUGUCGCUGGCAGCGCGAAAUCGGAGGAGGAGGUGCGCUCUGAGCAGCGAGGAUUUUUGAAAGCCAAAGGAUUGAGCGAGGACCAAAUCGAUGCUGCCUUUAGAGAGGCAGAGAGACCCGCUUCUGACGCGAUGGCAGGUCAAGCAGCUCCAGCUCCAGCUCAGACCAGCAUUGCGGCGGAGACGAGGGAAGAGAAUCAGGCGUGGAGAGCUGCAGCUACUGCUUUCAACGAUCCUUUGCAUGCCGCGCCUGGAUCCACCUUGCUACCUCUCCCUUCCAAGGACUACCCCGCUUCACCGCUGGCACUGUAUUACGAGCAGAGAAAUGGUAGAGCGCAAGAGUCUGUCCCUACUACGCCAAGGGAUAGAUACAAGGUGUUGCUCAGGUUCUUUGCUACUCUGAGCUACGCAUCCGUGCUUGGCGGUGGCAUUGCAGCUGUCGCUGUUGCGCUCUACAGGGCAUAUAUCCUACCUCGACUCACAGAGACGCUCUCAGCUCGCUCUGCCUUGUUGAAGCAUCAUCACACACAAUACGGCUCCUUGUUGGAAAAGAUACGCUUGGUUGGUAAGCAGGCGAUCGGGGGUCCUGUGCGGGCCGAGUCGGCGGAUGAGCCGGCCGACGUGGCGCCUGAAACCGCAGAGGAAGACAGAGAUGGCAUAGCCACAGCAGUCAAGAAGGUCACUUUCAGUGACGAGGUGGAGAGAGACGACGCUUUGAAGUCCGAGACGGCGGUGGGCCCGCUUGCGGAUCCGUCAGUAGAAGAGAAAGAGACAAAGAGCGCAAUGAAGAAAUCUGCAUCUUCGACAUCUAUAAGCUCUGAUCUGCGCUCACCAAAGAAGAGCGUUGCGGGUCUGGAUGCAGAGGGAGAGGCUGUAGUAGCAGUGGAAAAGCAAGAGCAGGAACCUCUCAAGCCGAUUUAUUUGUUCGACGAUCUCUGCGCCAGCUUGACUCGACUUUCGACGGCGCUCAAAGGCGAAUUGGGUGCGACGGAUGCUGGCGCUCGGGGCUCCAAAGCUCCUUCUCGGUCUCGACUUCCUCCAAAUCUAGGAUCAAAGCAAGCGACCGUGUUUUCCGAAUCGUCGGCCGAUGAAGAUUGGGAGUCUUCCUUGUCCGCAUCCGAAGGGGAGGGCGCGCACGCAGAGGAAGAAGAGGACGAAUUGGAAUUCGAUCCUUUUGCUCCUAUACCGCGAAGGCAUGCGAGCAGUAAAGUUCGACGUAGAGUAGGUCCUUCCAGUCGAAUGGGUGGCGGCAAACAUUCGCCUUCACCCUUGUCCAACUCUUCUUCCGAUGUGCACACGAUCAGGCAGGGACAAGGCCAAGCACAUGCUUCAAGUUCCAACCCCAAAGAGCUCUAUUCUAGACUGAGCAACCUCAACUCCUACAUUAAUGCGCAGAGCUUCUUGUCCAGCACAAACGAUGUGGGAAGGUACAAUGGACCGUUGGGCAUCUCCAAUCCGAGCAGCACCUCCACACCAUCGGGUUACUUGAGCGCCUCUGCGAGCGAAAAUGAGAGCCCUUUCAAAGCUAGAGGAACGGCCACUGCUGCUACUGUCACGAGUGGCAGCGGCGCGACGGACACUUCAGCUGCACCAACUGCCGUCAGACCGACGGAUGUGAAUCAGGUAAAGGCAGAGAUCAGAAGUUUGAAAGGUCUCUUGUUGAGCAGGUGA